AACCCUCCACCUGCUGUUAUGCCGAUGUAUUUCCUUCAUCUCAAAACAAGCUACAGAAAUAGCACGGCCGGUGGUUUUGUAGCCCGGCGCUCUCCGAUCAAAGGUCACAUGGAGGUAUUGGGCGCUGAAACAGGUGAUCUCCUACGGGUGGAGCUUUUUGUCACACCGGAGGUAAAUCCGUCGGUUUGGUGCCAAAGUCGGUCCUCCCACAUCUCCGCGAUCUAUCUCCUGAGUUCAAAGGACACGAGUCUUGCCCCUGGGYUUGCCCGUGAGAGGCUGUCUUUAUCAGGUGGAGGUUCUGCUGGGAGUUGGCCACUGCAGCCUCGGUCAGCCUGGGAUACACUUUUCUCUGAUAGGAGCCACAAACCACAGCCAAGAUGCCCAAGCAGGUCAAUGUUCGCGUCACUACAAUGGACGCAGAGCUGGAGUUUUCCUUUAGAGGCAACACCAGAGGAAGGCAGCUGCUUGAACAGGUUGUCAGGACGAUUGGCCUCCGUGAGAUUUGGUACUUCGGCCUUCAGUUUGUGGACAACAGAGGACUUGUCUCGUGGCUGGCAGAAGACAAGAAAGUGAUGGAGCAGAACGUGAAGAACGAGACUCCCCUGCAGUUCAAAUUCCGGGUCCAGUAUUAUCCCGAGGACGUGGACGAGGAGCUGAUCCAGGACAUCACCAGGAAGCUCUUCUUCCUGCAGGUGAAGGAGCACAUCCUGUCCGACGAGAUCUACUGUCCCCCGGAGACCGCUGUGCUGCUGGCCUCCUACGCCGUGCAGGCAAAGUACGGCGAGUACGACAAGUCGGUGCACCGGCGGGGAUACCUCUCCUCGGAGCGUCUGCUCCCUAAGAGAGUGCUGGAUCAACACAAGCUGUCAAAGGAGCAGUGGGAAGACAGAAUCCAGGUCUGGCACGAGGAGCACAAAACCAUGCUGAAGGAAGACGCGAUCAUUGAGUACCUGAAGAUCGCUCAGGAUCUGGAAAUGUACGGCGUCACCUACUUUGAGAUCAGAAACAAGAAGGGCACAGAGCUGUGGCUGGGCGUGGAUGCGCUAGGGAUCAACAUCUAUCCAAAGGAUGACAGGCUCACCCCAAAAAUUGGAUUCCCCUGGAAUGAAAUUGGAAACGUUUCUUUUGACAACAAGAAAUUUACCAUCAAGCCCCUCGACAAAAAAUCUCAACCCAUCAUGUUUCACGGGACACAACCUCGCAUCCACAAGGGCAUCAUGCAGAUUGCUAAGGGAAACCACCUCCAGUACACCCGCCGCCGCAUGGCCGACAACAUCGAGGUCCAGCAGAUGAAAACUCAGGCCAAGCAGGACCGGCUCCAGAAGAAGAUGGAGAGGGAUCAGCUGGAAGGCGAGAAGAAGAAGAGAGAAAACAUUGAGAGGGAGAAGCAGCAGAUGGAGAGAGAAAAGCAAGAGCUGAUGAUGAAGCUCUACGAGUUUGAAGAGACUACUAAGAGAGCGGAGCGAGAUCUUCAGGAGCAGCUGGACCGGGCCAUGAGGCUGGAGGAGGAGAGGAGGAGGGUGGAGCAGGAGGCGGCCCGGCUGGAGGCUGAGAGGAUGGAGGCCAUAAUUGCCAAGGAGGAGCUGGCCAGGCAAGCCGAGGAGCAGAUGAAGAGCCAGGAGCAGCUGGCUGCGGAGCUGGCCGAGUACACAGCCAAGAUCACUGAGCUGGAGGAGGCCAAGAGAGCCAAGGAGGAGGAAGCUGAGACAUGGCACAUGAAGGCUGAGGAAGUGGAGCAGAGCCUGUUGAGGACGAAGGAAGAGCUGCAAAGUGUGAGGACCCCAUCCACUCCUCCCGGUGGCUCCCCUCCCUCCUCUGCCUCUUCUUCUUCCUCCUCCUCCUCCUCCUCGGACAACGAGAGUGACCACGAGCACAGCGAGGAGAACAGCACCUACAGCGCCGAGCUGCACUCGCAGGACAUCAGUGAGAACCACCUGGAGGACGAGCGACUCACCGAGGCGGAGAAGAACCAGCGCCUCAAGAAGCAGCUGAUGGACCUGAGCUCAGAUCUGGAGCUAUCUAGAAAAGACUCCAAGAAGACCCAGAACGACCUGCUCCACGCUGAGAACGUCCGUGUCGGACGAGACAAGUACAAGACCCUCCGUCAGAUCCGCCUGGGCAACACCAAGCAGAGGGUGGACGAGUUUGAGGCUUUGUAGAGAAGACCGCUCCAGAAUACCUCGGGAAUUAUCUGCUCAGCAUAUUACAUAAUGUAGUGAUUGCGGCCAGUGGUGGUUCUAGCAAGAAUGGCGCCCUUGGCGAAUUUUUCUUAGCCCCCCAUGACACACACACUCCCAAAAAGAAAAAUCCAUUCUUUACAGCAUAGGAAUAUUUUUUGUGACAUAAAUUAUAAGUACCAAAGAUAAUGGAGUAAAAGUCUCACCACUCACAAGAGUUUUUAAAAAGUGUAAUCAGUGUAGAAUAAUUAAGUCUAUGAUUAACCAUUGUGCUUUUAACAUCCUGACCACCAGUAGUUCAUUUUUGUCCUCUGUAGAGAACAUUUCUAAACUUGAAUAUCUCCCACCCCCUGCAUUCUACUGAA